CAAAGGAACAGAACAAUGGAAUAACUUUCUUUAUAAUCCAGUAAUUAUAUUAUCAUAUAAACUCGAUCCUCAAUAUCAAGGUAAAACUUUAAAUCCAAAAAAAUGUGAUUCAAUUAUUGAAGAUAAAUUAAUACGGUUAGUACCAAGCCAAGAUCAAGAAAAUAUAUUAAGCGAAUAUGCAGAAUAUGUUUCUAAAAAAGGCCAUUUUGCACGAGAAUAUUUGUGGAGUUCUAAUCUUAUACAAAAUCCAAUUAAUUGGUGGAGUUUACUUAAAGGCAGAUAUCCUAUAUUAAGUGAGGUUGCAUUACGCAUAUUAUCAAUACCACCUACUUCUGCAGCUUGCGAAAGAAAUUGGUCAACUUUUGGAUUUAUACAUAAUAAACUACAUAACAGACUUACAGAUCCAAAAGUAGAAAAAUAUGAAUUGAAUAAAAAUAUGGAUUUUGUAGAAAAUUUAGUGAAUGAUAAUGAAGAUUUGGAAGAAAGUGUGUUCGAUGAUUUAUUUUCAGAUAAUGAGUUAAUUACAUAUGAUGAAAAUGGAUGUAUAGAUAUUUGUAGCGAUUCAUAA